UAAUUUACGUUUUGAAGUAAUUCUUGAAGCUCCUACGGCGGCUGCUCAACGUAUCGAUGAGACUCCAAUGACCUAUCUCAAUAAAGGACAAUAUUAUGGUAUAUGUUUGCAAGAUCAAGACAAAUAUGAUGGGGAAUUUACCAGUAUUGUUAAGGUUAUGUUUCACGAUGAUGCUCAUCGCAAAAUGGCUUCGACUUAUUGGAACAAAGCCGCUUCAACUGGAAUUAAUAACGUAGAAACCAAAACUUUUGAUAGAGUGCAGUUUCGAUGGAAUGGCAAAAAGGGUGCAAAAAUAUUUGUGCGCUUUAACUGCCUUUCUACUGAUUUUUCACGGAUAAAGGGUGUGAAAGGUAUUCCUCUAAGAAUACAUAUAGAAACUAAAACUGAAAAUGGUGCGACUAGCAACUCUAUUGAGAAGGCCUUUGCGAAAGUUAAACUUUUUAGAGAUAAGGGUGCUGAACGCAAAAAUAAAGACGACCAAAAGCAUCUUGAAAAGAUGGUUGAAAAAAUGAGAGGUAAAUCAUCACAAGAACCUACAUCACCCAUGAUCAUGAUGUACGCACCUCCAAAUGCUAUGACCGUAUUUACAGAAAUUACUGGAAAUAAUGAUACUUCUGACGAUGAAGAGGUCCAAAGCCUGUCCGAAACGUUGAAUAACCUUGAUCCAGACGUAGAAGGUGGUGAACUCAUGACUCUUCAGUUAGGUAAACGUAGGAGAUUUUCCAUGGGUCCUGAUUUCUUAGAACCUUUGGAUUGUGAUCCAACGUACAUUCCACAUUUACGAAAACGUCGCGCUGUUCUCUGCAUUUAUGUUAAAUUACCCGGUGAAUCCGCAUAUCGCGCUGUUUAUCUCAACCACCUUACGGUUCAAGAUCUUAUAUCAAAACUUUCCGAUAAGCUCUCUGAAAAAGUUGAUCUUCAAGGUCAAACUAUUACGAAUGUAAUUAGGUGCACUAAGCGUAAUCUAACUGUUCGUCUUGAUGAUGAAUCAAUUCAUCAAAUUGAUGACGAACAAGACAUGGAAGUAGAAGUCCAAGGUGGUCCAGAUGGAACUCUACAUUUAACGUUGAAGUAUUAA